AUGAAGAAGGUCAAGAAGAAAAAGUCCGAUUCCAGGCGCCGCCGGGAGUCCAUUUCACCGCAGGCUAGCUCCGACUCCUCACAGCCUCCCAUCUCGGAAACCCCACCGACAUGCCCAGAACCCACCUCGCCACCGUCUCAGCCACAGCCCUGCCAGGAGUCCACCCCACCACAAGUUAACCCUGAACCUCUACCGCAACCGCCUGCACCCCCAGCUCUCCCAGCUGCAGAACGCCGGGCCUCAACGCCAUGCCUGGUACCUGCAAAGGUUGAACCCAAAGCAAGCUCUCCAUCCAGGAAACCAGGAGUGCCUCUGACCUAUAUGGCUCCACGCUCCUGUUCCUGUAUGGCCUGCCCGGGCAGCUCUGCUUGCUGGCGUCGUCUGGGGCUGUGUCACAGCCGCAUCUUCGAUGUCCUCCUGCCUCGGGACUGGCAAGCCAUGCCGGGGAGAGGAUUCCCAAACCUUCUCACCUUCUACAGAAAACCUUCAAGGAAAUACUGCACUUCCCGUAACUCACGUACUUCAGGCUCUCGGGACUGUUGCUGUGUCUCUGGGAGCCCUGGGAGCUGCCUACUUCAUCGCUGAAUCCUUGUGAACUGAACCCCAGGCCCAUGGUCCGGCAGAUCCAGUGUCCAUCAAAGGAUCUCACUUGUCACCAAAAUAGAGAAAGAAAAAUACCUUGUCUCUUUUCAUCAUUUCAUUUUAUUUUUUUUUUUUGAGACAAGGACUUCCUACGUAGUCCAG